AUGGCACGGAAUUUCCACACGACCGCGCCGAGACAAGUGGACGGCGUGACAGCCUGGUUCGUGAUCCGCACAGCUAACAUCGUCCAACUGGGAGCAUUAAUUCUGGGUCGUCGAUGGAAGGAUCGGUAUCGCGGUCCCUCUCGUUCCCGGCGAUGGAGCGCUGAACGCUCCCCGGUAGGUAACGUCGCGCCGGGCGGAGUGGUUCAUGCCACCAUCUAUUCUAACUACCUCGUUGAGAAUCCCAUUACCGGACGGAAGCAGUUCAUGCUCUUCUCGACGGAUGGCCAAGCGAGCCACAUUACGGCUUCGAGCAGCCCCGAAUACCAACGAGCGGCCGGCGUCCUGAAUAGACUCCUCGAUGCAAAUCGACGAUUGAAUUCUGAUCACAGCGGUCGGCGCUUUUUCACCCAUGUCUUUGUUUACAAGGGGCUGUUGGACGUGUGCCCUUCCGAUGACCGAUUGGCUUGUGUCCUGGCUCACGAGUCGUCUCGCUGUCUCCUGGAACACGGACGAGAAAAAUCGAACAGGCUGAAAUUGGCUCAAGGACUCUCUGCUAUUACGGUCGUCAUCUACGACUCAGCUUUACUCCUUGCUCUGGAGAUGGAGGCAGAUCGACACGGUCUGCGACUGGCAACAACGGCGUGUUAUGACAUUCGAGAAGACGAAACCUUCUGGAACAUCAUGGCAACUGCAACUGAAAAUGACGUGUCCCAGCACAUUUCUUUCCUUUCCAGUCAUCCGUCCCACAAACAAAGGCUCCACGCUGUGAGAAAGGAAAUCGACCUUUCUAAGUGA